AUGUCAACUGAAGUAUCAGCCUUGGCCCUGCUCAACUGCCGUGAUGUAAAUAUCACCAACACUCUUGUCCAAAGGUCAAAUGGUACUGGCAUAUUGAUGAUGAACACAUACGGAAAUGUCCUCAUUGAUAAUACCACUGUCCUAGAGAGCUAUCUGGAAGGUAAUAGCUCUUGGCUGGUGUAUGGUGGCAGUGGUUUGAGCAUACAGUUCAAUCCCUGUCCAUUGACAUUUAUCCACGAACACACAGAGAAUGCUAAUAACUAUGCACACGGUUAUGGUUCUUCUACCUACACAAUCAGUAAUCUCUUAACUGCAAAGAAUAGGGGUAAAGCAACAAAGAAUCAAAAUCUCUCCUGUGGCCAAGCCAAAUUUGGAGGAGGUGCGUGGAUAGUGUUAGGAGGUAACACAAGCAAUGUUAACAUUAGCAUCAGUGAUUCCACUUUCAAAGACAACUAUGUAGAGUCUUGUGGGGCUGGGAUGCUGAUAUUGAUAUACAACUCGUCUAACAACAACAGAAUAUCGGUACUAGGUGCAACCAUAGAGAACAACACAGUUGGAAGUCAAGAAGUGGGAGGGGGGCUCCAGAUCUUUUAUUCUGCUUGUUUUGGUGGAACAACAAUUCCUAGCAGUUUCCCCACCAGUACAUUGGAGUUUGUGUCUUGCAACUUUGACAACAACAGGGCAUAUUCCGGGGGAGGUGUCAAUAUAUACUCCAAUGAAUUACCUGGUGGAGAUGACAAGAGAGCUGUCCACUUCAUCAACUGUUCGUGGACUGGGAAUACUGCAUCGCGAUACGGGGCAGCAGUCCACAUAAUGGCUGGUGUGUUUGUGUCUGGAGUUAGGAUACACUAUCAUCCGAUAGUGUUUACUGACUGCAAAUUCGUAUCUAACAAAAUAGUGCCAGCAACAUUUCCAGGAGAUAACCUUCUGGUUCAGUUUAAUGGAGGAGGUGCCUUGUUUUCCAAUGUUGUCCCUAUUAUUUUUGAUAGGAACACAACCUUUAAUGACAGCAACGGAACGGCUCUCUGCCUCAGUAGCAGUAUUGCAUCGUUUCGUGUGGGUCCCAGGUUCUGUUUCAUAACAACAGGGGAAACAAUGGUGGGGCAGUGUCCCUAG